CUCUCCCAGUGGUUGUAUCGGUUUAACAAGGUGUAAUGUUUGGAGACCACCAACACCAGCCCCAGCACUCAGAAAGAAAGCUGGCAGAAAUGGACCAGGUUUGGUCCCACGAGGCGCUCCAGCAUGCCUGACGGGGUCUGUUCAGUCAUGGCUUCCGAACUUCGCAGGGCAAUUUCUGUGGCAAGGCUUGAAAAGCAUAAGAAUUUGUUCUUAAACUAUAAGAACCUCCACCAUUUCCCGCUGGAGAUACUGAAAGGUGAAGCCCUGCAGUACUUGGAGAGACUCUACAUGAAAAAGAACUCCCUUACCACCCUGCCAGAAAACCUUGCUCAGAAGCUUCCAAACCUUGUGGAACUAUACCUUCACUCAAAUAACAUAGUUGUAGUUCCAGAAGCUAUCGGGUCCCUUGUGAAACUCCAGUUUCUGGAUCUCAGUGACAAUGCCUUAGAAAUUGUGUGCCCAGAAAUCGGUCGUCUGAGAGCUUUACGUCAUCUCCGAUUAGCUAACAACCAACUGCAAUUCCUACCUCCAGAGGUCGGUGAUUUGAAGGAGCUGCAGACACUUGACGUCUCCACCAAUCGCUUGCUGUCUCUACCCGAGAGGCUUCACCUGUGCCUUUCUCUGCAGAUCCUCACUGCAGACCGCAACCGGCUCUGGAACGUGCCGCGCCACCUCUGCCAGCUGCCCAGCCUCAACGAGCUCUCCAUGGCCGGAAACCGCCUCGCUUUCCUGCCCCUCGAUCUAGGUCGAUCUCGAGAACUACAAUAUGUCUACAUGGAUAACAACAUUAACCUAAAAGGGCUACCAUCCUACCUGUACAACAAAGUCAUCGGGUGCAAUGGCUGUGGGGACCCCAUCCAGGUGUCGGAGAUGAAGCUGCUCACCUUCUCGUCGGGCCAGCUGACCGUCUUCCUUCCAGCUGAGGUGAAGGCCAUAGGGACCGAGCGCGACCCCGUGCUGCCUCUGCAGGAACUGGCCAUGCGGCAUCUCUACCAUGCCUGCCGCCACUCGGACCCAGAUUUCAACUUCCUGUCUCCUGUCUCAUUACCCAGAAGUCUCCUGGAGCUGCUGCAGUGUCCCCUGGGGCAUUGUCACCGGUGUAGUGAGCCCAUGUUUACCAUCGUCUAUCCCAAGCUCUUCCCCUUGAGAGAGACGCCCAUGGCAGGGCUGCACCAGGGGACGACAGCGGUUAGUUUUGUGGCCUACUGCUGUUCCACCCAGUGUCUGCGGACUUUUGACCUGCUGAGUUGAUGAGUCUCCGGAGCGGCGCCAGCCUGACACUGUGGCCACCUCCCUGCAUGUCAGGCACUGUGUGUGGCAGGCAGGAGAGUCCUGUGGGCCAGGACGGGUUCCAUCCAUCCUGUCCUGUGCAGACGGGGACACGAGAACUCUCCGGAAGCGUUGUGGUUGGUCAUCACAGCUGAAAGGCCUCAAAUACAUUCUCCCCCAAAAUUAAGGACGUUUUGUCUUCUGUGGUUUCUUUUUAUGUGUGUCUCGUAUAUAAACUAUUCAGUUCGAUGAGCCUUCCCACAUCUAAUUUAAAGCAAGUUGCUGUUCCCUGAAGAACUCUAAUUUGAUAAUCUACCCACAUUAACCUGUGAACAGCAUACCUUCCGUGACACUUCAGUGAAACUUCUCUCUUUCCCCAGAGAAUUAUUUUCCAGCGAGAUUUCUCUCCAUGGUUUCUCCAGUGGAAACUUGUCGGUUUUUAGUGUUUCAGCAGGCUCAGGCCUCGGUCCUUUCGCUUAGCUGGGCGGGGCACCCGAGCUGGCAAGGCCCCAGCACACACGCCCUCUGGAAAGUACAAUCUUGUUUACAAGUUUUGCAAUGUAUUAAGAGGCUCUGGAGAGAAGUAUUAAAAGCAAAAAAGUUGAUCGUGAAAUACGCUCUUUUGAAAAAUUAGAGAAAACUUAAAUUUUGAAUUGUUAAAUUUCCUGCUAAGA